AUGCGCGCGCUCACCCUCGGCGCGUGCGCGCUGAAUCAGUGGGCGAUGGAUUUCAAUGGGAAUCACGAACGCAUUCGCGCGUCGAUCGUCGAGGCGAAAUCGAAAGGGUGUCGCUAUCGCCUCGGUCCCGAGCUCGAGACGUGCGGAUACGGGUGCGAGGAUCACUUUCACGAGAGCGAUACGGAGGCGCACGCGUGGGAGAUCAUCGCGCGUUUGUGCGCGGAGCCGGGGUUGUUGCGCGGGAGCGCGAUGGUGGCGGACGUCGGCGCGCCGGCGACGAUGGAUGGAUGUCGAUACAACGCGCGCGUGAUCAUCGUGGAUGGGAAGAUUGCGUUGGUGCGACCGAAGCGGUCGUUGGCGGAUGAUGGGAAUUAUCGCGAGUCGAGGUGGUUCACGGCGUGGACGCGGACGAACGAGACGGCGACGUGGAGGCUUCCGGAUUCGUGUAGAGGAUUGGCGUACGACGGCGGCGACGAGGUGCCGUUCGGCGACGGCGCGGUGGUUUUCGACGAUUGCGGAUUGGGGUGCGAGACGUGUGAGGAGUUGUGGACUCCGGACGCGCCGCACGUCGCGUUGGCGCUGAAUGGGAUUGAAAUAAUCGCAAACGGAAGCGGGUCGCAUCAUCAAUUGAGAAAGCUCGACGCUCGGAUGAGUCUGAUACAGAGCGCGAGCGGCAAGGGUGGGGGGAUUUAUCUGUACGCCAAUCAGCGCGGUUGCGACGGUGGUAGAUUGUACUACGACGGAUGCGCGUGCAUCGCGGUGAACGGGAAUAUCGUAGCGCAGGGGAAGCAGUUUGACGUGAGCGACGUCGAGGUCGUCGUCGCCACGGUGGAUCUAGACGAGGUUCGCUCGUAUAGGAACUGCUUCCAGUCGAUGAGCGUACAGGCGGCAAAGGUGACGCCGAUCUCGAAAGUCCGCGUUCAUCAACGACUGUGCGUUCCGGACGAUGUCGGGCGCCUCGAGCGACCGAAACUCAGCGCCCCGCGUGAUGUGGAGUUUCACUCACCCGAGGAAGAAAUCGCGCUCGGACCAGCGUGCUGGUUGUGGGACUACCUCAGACGAUCCGGCGCGAGCGGCUACUUCUUACCGCUCUCUGGAGGCGCCGACUCCUCGAGCACGGCCGCGAUCGUUGGAUCCAUGUGCCAGCUCGUCACAAAGGCGGCGCGCGAGGGCGACGAAGUCGUCGCGAUGGAUAUUCGUCGAAUCGCGCAGCUCGCUCCAAACGCGUCGAUUCCUAGUGCGAACGAGCUCGCCGAGUUGAUAUUUACCACGGUGUAUUUGGGUACCGAUAAUAGCAGCGCGGAGACGCGGGCGAGGGCGAAAGCGUUGGCAAUAGAUAUCGGCGCGUCGCACCUCAGCGUCGCCAUCGACGUCGUCGUGACCGCCGUGGUGACCUUUUUCACCAUGGUGACAGGGAAGACGCCAAAGUUCAAAGUCGACGGUGGCUCUAACCCCGAAAAUUUAGCGUUACAAAACAUCCAGGCGCGCGUGCGAAUGGUUCUGUCGUUCCUCUUCGCUCAGCUCUUGCCGUGGGUGCGAGGCAAGUCGGGCUUCCUUCUCGUCUUGGGUAGCGCCAACGUGGACGAGGGAUUGCGAGGAUACAUGACCAAGUACGACUGUUCCAGUGCGGACAUAAACCCGAUCGGGGGCAUUAGUAAGGGAGAUCUCCGCUCGUUUCUGCGCUGGGGAUCGGUGAAUCUUGGAUAUCCCACGCUAGCGGAGGUGGAACAAGCGCCGCCAACGGCUGAACUUGAACCCAUACGUGACGAUUACGUGCAGACGGAUGAGGAAGAUAUGGGCAUGUCAUACGACGAGCUCGGUGUUUACGGUCGACUACGGAAGAUCUACCGCCUCGGGCCGUUUUCCAUGUUCAAGAGACUGUACAUCGUGGAUUGGGCGGAUAGAGGACUUAGCGCGAGCGAAGUCGCGGAAAAAGUGAAGAAAUUUUUCUUCUUUUAUUCGUGCAACCGGCACAAGAUGACCACGCUCACGCCGUCCUAUCACGCCGAGAAUUACUCUCCUGAUGAUAAUCGCUUCGACCAGCGACAGUUCUUGUACAACGUUCGCUGGCCGUGGCAAUUCAGAAAGAUUGACGAGUUUGUUGCUAAGGAAAAGGAGGGAUGA